AUGGCAGGUCGGUGAAAUUUGCUAUAUUAGCAAGAUGGCUAGCUGUCUCGUUUUAUGCUUGAUUCCUCUGUCAAGCAAACACUGGAAUUCUGAUAAUGCUAGUGUAUGAUUAAUUUUAACUAAACAUUGUAUUCAACUCUAAUUUUGUAUGCAUAUUUUAAUUUACCACGCCAAACUAAUAAUGUGACCUUGGAUAAACAUAGCGUUAGCCGAUUUGUUUUAACUGCAUGUCGCGUCUCUGCUUCAUUCUUUUAACCUCAAGCUCAAAUCAAAAUGUAGUAGUUUGAUCAUUAGCUAUCUCCAAUCUGACUCGCUCAUGUCAUGGUAAUUGUUGUUGCAUUCCGAAGUCCACUGCUCUCUUCUGACUGAGCUGAGUGUAAACCUGGGCCACGUUCAGUUGUCGAACUUUGCAGAAAGAAAUCCUAUCAAUUAGAGCUGAUGUGAUUAUUAUUCUACAUGUCAGAGGCAUGUUUGUUCCAAAACGUUGUGUCCUGCUUACCCUGGUGUGUACAGCGCUGCUGGAUGGGGUUGAUCUUUUAGCUUCAUCUUCAGUAUUUGGCUGCCCACUGCUGUCAUAUUUACAAUACUGUAUAGACUCAAACUAAUGGGUAUAUGACAUGUAGUUUCAAGUCAUAUAAGCCCAGCUAUUUUGUACCUAGCUGUAUCCUUACUACCUUCAUCAAUCACUGGAUCAUAGAUAAUGCAUAACACAGUGUGUAUUUGUGGCGCUGUAACUUAAAUGUCUAUUUGCCUCUCCUGCCAGGAAUUGGAGCCUUCCUGAAGAAUGCGUGGAAUAAGGAGCCAGUGGUAUUGGCCGCUUGCGCAAUUGGACUUCUUGGUCAGUACAUCUCUCAAAGUAUACAUCACAGGUUGUAAUGCUCAUAUCUUACAAUAUGCUAAAUUCAACUGUAGUUACACCUUAUGGAUUCUGACAUUACAUGAUAAACAUAAAAUAAACUCUUGCACACUACCCUUCAGCCCUCCCUGAAUUGAGUUUUGUGUUCACUUGGUGUAACAUAUCAUUGUCAUAUUUCAUGUAUUUCUUCCCAGCCGUCACUGUUCCAUUAGUGAGUCCCUUCACGAAGUACUCAGGAAUGAUGAAUGCAGCUGUGCCAUACAACUACCCAGGUAAGCCAUUAAACCAUUAUGAGCAAAUCAAUAAGUCUGGCCCUAGAAAGUUGGUGGCAUAAACAAAACCCUUUUUCCUCUCUCCCUAGUCCCUGUGCGAAACAAUGGCAAGAUGGACGAUGUCCCCAGCCACCCCAGUGACCCUAAAGGACCAAACCUGGACUGGAUUAAAAGCCUGUAA